AUGUCAUAUUACUCUGGAUUUCAAAAUAGAUAAUAACUAUAGCAAUAUGAACAAUUAUUAUAAUUGCUUCUAGUCACUUUAAAUAAGAGAUUGGUUAAGUUUUACUAAAAUGAAGAAUGUGAUGAAUUAGCAUUUCGUAAUAUAUUUCACAGAAUCAUAUCUGGACUUAAAUCCUUAGAAUAAUAGUAUAUAUUAAUUACAUAAUCUAAUAGAAAAUUUAUGCCUCCAAGAUUUAGUGAAACAGUUAGAAUUUUAUUUGAGAUUUUGAAAUUAGAAGAAUAACAAGAAGUAUCAAAAUAUCUAUAUAGAGUGAAAGGUUAUACAUGAAUCCAUAAUUUGAUUUUAUUUCCCGAUAAGCCAAUAUAAUAAUGAAUUAAGAAAAGAAACCAAUUUAACAUCUGCAAUAUAAAUUAUAAGAAGAUCAAUAAGAAAUGCCACCUCAUCCAUUAAUGCAAGUUGAAUAGAGAUAAGAAUCAACUAAAUUAGAUAUAGUUUUUGAUAAAAUGGAUAAAUAAGAGAAAUUAGUUAAGCUAGAAUAAAUUGAUAAAAACAAAAAAUAUGAUAGUGGAAUAACUGAAAUAACUACUCCUCGUAAAAUUAAAGAAUCAUUAAAAUAAUAGUAAUUCAAUUAAUAAUAAUAAUAUAAUUUGAUACCAAAAGAAUUUAUUAAUUAAAUAGAGGAAUGUGUAACUAGAAAUGUGUUAGAUAAAUUGAGUCUUCCAAAAAGAUCAAAGAAAAAAAAAUAAAGAUCUUCAUCUAAUUCAUUUUAAUUUAGACAAGUUCUUUUAACAACUAGUGAUAAAUAGAAUUAAUCUUUUUAAUCAACAAAGAGAAAAUUCAACAAUUUAAUAUGA